UGCAAUGCCAUCAAUUAUGAAACAAGAAGUGAAGGAUCCAAAAGAUUGUGGUCCAUGUCCCAGACAAUAUGAUCCUGUAUGUGGUACAGAUGGUGAGACCUAUAGCAAUGAAUGUAUGCUAAAGUUUGUUGCUUGUAUGGUGGAUGAUCCAACCAUACAAAUAAAUUAUAGAAGUUCUUGUGAUGAUGUUACUCAUGAAAGAAGACAACUUGGGCCAUGUACAAAAGAGGUCAAGAAGUUAAUGGGUAGAUUUGGUAUGAAUCCAGUUGGUUCAAAGGUACCCCAGUGUGAUGAAAAUGGUUAUUUCCGCAAACAACAAUGUUGGGGAUCCACUGGUACAUGCUGGUGUUCAGACUUACAGGGACAUGAAAUUGACUGUGACUAAACAAGUAUGAAAACAUAUAUGGUCAAUAUACAAAAACUGUACUAAUGUGUUAAGUACGCAAGAUGCAAGACUCCAUCGUUUUGAUGUUUAAGCCUUUUCACCGAGUUUUAAGUUCCUUAAUUUGGCAGAGAAACAAGGAGUCCUAUUGUUAAUUUACAUUUUCAUGUGGAUUUAAUUUAGCGCAACAACACGAUAGUGAAAUUGAAAUCUAGUGAGUAAUUAAUACCUUACUAUCUUUUUGGCUGUGAAUACAGUUGUAUCUGUUGCCCUGAUCUAAUGAAUUUCUUGAUAGUAGUGUGCUGAUUGGCUGUUUAACAUUUAAGAGAAAAAAAAAAUUUAAUUGAACCUCAAUGAAAAAUGGCUGCCAAAAUUUUCAUUCAUUUAAUUGAACCUUUCCCUCAUAUCAAGAAUUUGUAGUAUUUUUUACUAGUUAUCUGCCUCCAUUUGUUAAACACUACAAUUAAAGUCCAUCAUAUAUAUGCAGUCUUUAUGUGUAAUAUAAGGCCAGUGGCCCAAAAUACAUAAAUAUAUACAAAUCUAAAGUUGGUAAAUUACUAUUUACAUCGCAUCUUAGUCUUAAAGAAUGAAAUAAAAAAGCUGACAAUCUUUUGAGUAAAGUGGCAUUUACAGGUCAUUAAUUGGAAAAAUUUUUGCACUGAUGGAGACAGAAAGUAAUAAUGUCAUAAUACUUACUUUCGACACUUUUGUGGUGACCCAAAUGCCCACUAUGCUCGAUGGGAGUUAGCAUAGGUCAUCGUCUGUCAAGUCUUUAGAUUUAUCUACCCGACUGAUUAUUUAAUAGUUAUAUGUAAUGACAGUGGAGCGAUUGUAUGUAGUUAUUCAUUAAAAUUUCACAUAUUUUGUGUAAAACAAA